CAGCAGAUGGUGUGGAUGCUGACCUCUGGAAAGACGGCUUAUUUAAAUCCAAGGUUACCAGAUACCUGUGCUUCACAAGAUCAUUUUCCAAAGAAAAUAGCCAUUUAGGGAACGUGUUAGUGGACAUGAAGCUCAUCGACAUCAAGGACACUCUGCCUGUCGGCUUCAUCCCGAUUCAGGAGACGGUGGACACACAGGAAGUGGCUUUUAGGAAGAAGAGGCUGUGCAUUAAAUUCAUCCCACGGGAUUCAACCGAAGCUGCCAUUUGUGACAUUCGGAUCAUGGGCCGGACCAAGCAGGCCCCUCCUCAGUACACGUUCAUUGGGGAGUUGAACAGCAUGGGGAUCUGGUAUCGAAUGGGCAGAGUACCAAGAAGUCAUGACUCAUCUCAACCCACGACGCCUUCCCAGUCAUCGGCUGCUUCCACCCCAGCACCCAGCCUUCCCAGGCACGUCUCUCUCACGCUCCCUGCUACCUUCCGAGGCAGGAACAGCACUCGGGCGGACUGUGAGUGCCAGCUCUCCAAUCUGUGUGCCAUGUCAGGGGGCCUGUUCCCUGCAGGGACCAGGCCUUCCCUUUCCUCUGUGUCGCCGUAGCGCUUAGUGAAGGGCCAGAUCCUCAGCAUGUUUUGAAACUAAUGAUGAAAAACAAUGCGCGGAUUUCACAAGCUCGAAGGGAGGUUUCCAGAGAAUAGUCGCCACAUCGUUCACCUGCCAGAUCCAGGGCAGGUUCCCCGCGGGGACUGGGGACCCCGCAGACCUGAGGCCUGGUGCCGCCUGCCCUCCGUAUCCACGUCUGUCCUCAUCUCUCAUUUCUCAAAGC